GCGCCGCGUCUGAGACAGGCGACCUCUGAUCCCCCGCCCUUGCCUGGGCGCAGGCCCGGCCAGCCUGGGAGGGAGGAGGGAGGACGACAGAUGCAGGCGGAAGGGCAAACUGAAACCCGAGAUUACAAUGUUGUCCUUUCUCCCUGAAUUCCCUUCCUCCCAGAGCUGUUUGUGACAGUUUCCAGGCAGCUCAGGGUCGAGCACUGCUCCUAUCUGCAGCUGCAGGGAGAGAGAGGAGGAACCCCGUGCAAUUCUAGAGACGAUUGCACAACAAGGAGAAGUCAGCUGCCCAGCGGGCAGUACCGUUCUUCUUUGCCUGUCCUUGGGGAAAUUAGGGCUCUGAGAGUGGAGAUCCAGAUGGGCUAGUGGGUGGCGGAUGGGAUGCUGCACUGCCAGACCCUGGACGGUGUUUUCACCAUGGAGCAGCUGAGCUCAGCAAACACCCGCUUCGCCUUGGACCUGUUCCUGGCCUUGAGUGAGCACAAUCCGGCUGGAAAUAUCUUCAUCUCUCCCUUCAGCAUUUCAUCUGCGAUGGCCAUGGUCUUUCUGGGGACCAGAGGGAACACGGCGGCACAGCUGUCCAAGACUUUUCAUUUCAACACGGUUGAAGAGAUUCAUUCAAGAUUCCAGAGUCUGAACGCUGAGAUCAACAAACCUGGAGCGUCUUAUAUUCUGAAACUUGCUAAUAGAUUAUAUGGAGAGAAAACUUACAGUUUCCUCCCUGAGUUCUUGGCUUCGACUCAGAAAACAUAUGGUGCUGACCUGGCCAGUGUGGAUUUUCAGCAUGCCACUGAAGAGGCAAGGAAGACCAUAAACCAGUGGGUCAAAGGACAGACAGAAGGGAAAAUCCCGGAACUGUUGGCCUCAGGCACGGUUGAUGACAUGACUAAACUUGUGCUAGUAAAUGCCAUCUAUUUCAAGGGAAACUGGCAGGAUAAAUUCAUGAAAGAGGCCACGACGAAUGCACCGUUCAGAUUGAAUAAGAAAGACACAAAAACUGUGAAAAUGAUGUAUCAGAAGAAAAAAUUUGCAUAUGGCUACAUCGAAGACCUUAAGUGCCGUGUGCUGGAACUGCCCUACCAAGGCAAGGAGCUCAGCAUGGUCAUCCUGCUGCCAGAUGACAUUGAGGAUGAGUCCACGGGCCUGAAGAGGAUUGAGGAACAGUUGACUUUGGAAAAGCUGCAUGAGUGGACCAAACCUGAGAAUCUUGAUUUCAUUGAAGUUAAUGUCAGCUUGCCCAGGUUCAAACUGGAAGAGAGUUACACCCUCAACUCAGACCUUGCCCGCCUAGGUGUACAGGAUCUCUUUGACAGUAGCAAGGCUGAUCUGUCUGGCAUGUCAGGAGCCAGAGAUAUUUUUAUAUCAAAAAUUGUCCACAAGUCCUUCGUGGAAGUGAAUGAAGAGGGAACAGAGGCGGCAGCUGCCACAGCGGGCAUCGCCACCUUCUGCAUGUUGAUGCCAGAGGAAUACUUCACUGCCGACCAUCCAUUCCUUUUCUUUAUUCGGCACAAUUCCUCAGGUAGCAUCCUGUUCUUGGGCAGAUUUUCUUCCCCUUAGAAGAAAGAGACUGUAGCAACACAAAAAUCAAGCUUAGUGCUUUAUUACCUGAGUUUUUAAUGGUGCCAACGUUCUUCUAUCUUUACCAAUAAAACCAAUAUCCAGAAACAAAUCUUUUAUUUUCUUUUUAAGUUCGGCUCUGUUGGCUGUUUACACCCAUGAAUUUUGGCAUGGGUAUCUACUUUUCUUUUUUUACAUCGAAAAAAUCCAGUGGUUGCUUUUGAAUGCAUCAAGUAAAAAAGAAGAAAAGAAUACAUCAGAUGUGUAGAUUCUUGACCAUGUUGUAAUCUAUGAAAUUGCUAUAUCCUCCUGACAGGCAUGGGAAAACAUGAUAAGAUGGUCAUUUAUUUUGCAGUUAGAAUUUUGGGAGCCAUGAAAUAGACAGACACCCUGACUGUUGAAGGGAGGUUUAAAAACACAUAUUCAGUUGAAAUAUAAGAGAGCACCCCAACUGAGAGCCCAGGUUAUGAAGACAAACUUGUCUCGCCUGAUGUUUCUAUCCGUUGUUCUGCAGGAUUAGUAUUCUGUUACAGCCCUUUAGUUUUUAGACUCUUCAAUUAAAGGGCCAAUGGUUAUAACCUGCA